AACCCAUUCACUGAUGACCUCCUUCAACUUCUCUACCUGGCCUCCACAGCUAACUCCAGAGCAAUUAGAAGCUCUGACGCUCGCCGCAACAACAUACGCGCUCUCCCACGGAUUACUUUACCUUCCACCCUCCCAAUCACCAUCCAAUACCCAACCACGCAUACCAACCACCGCAAUCCAUGCCCCCCUCUCACUCAUUCCCGCGCCCUUCCCCCGUGCGCAAUUCCAGGCUGCAAGAGAGCUGCAGAGCGUAUAUAAUGUGCUCUAUGCACGCGUAGCGAUGGAUACCCAAUUCUUAGAUACAGUAAUGGGCGCCGAGGAGGGCGUAGGAAAGGCGGAUGAGUUUACUGGGACGCUAUGGAAGGGAUGGAAGAAGAUCAGGGAGCACGGCGUACUAGCACAACCGUUGCACCUUGGCCUGUUUAGAUCGGAUUAUCUGUUACAUGCUGCAGAAGACAGACUUGCACUGAAGCAGGUCGAGUUUAAUACUAUAUCUUCGUCCUUUGGUCCGCUUUCUGAGCGUGCGGCUGCUAUGCAUAGAAAUAUCCUGGCGUCCACCUCCUACUUUUCUGCAUCUCCACAUCUUACUGCAGACAAUUUCCCAGAGAACAGCACCACCUCUGGUCUCGUUGAAGGUCUUUCCAAGGCUCACGAAGCGUAUGGCGUUCAAGACGCACGCAUCCUGUUCGUCGUGCAACCCAAUGAACGCAACGUUUUCGACCAACAAUGGUUAGAGUAUGAAUUACUCGAGAAACAUCAAAUCCACGUCGUCCGUCAAACACUCGCUGACCUAGCCGUCUCUGCAUCCCUCGACCCCUCCACACAUGCACUCAUACUCACAUCCCCGACUAAUUCCUCACCAUACGAAAUAUCCACUAUAUACUUCCGUGCAACUUACACCCCCUCGGACUUCCCAUCACCCUCCUACUACGAUACGCGUUUCCUCCUAGAGCGUAGCCGCGCCAUCAAAUGUCCCUCUCUUCCCCUGCAACUCGCAGGCGGGAAGAAAGUCCAAGAAGCACUCACGCGUCCUGGAGUACUCGAGCGCUUCCUCAGUAACGAAGGCGCAAAAUGGGGUGCACGCGCUCUCGAUCUCACAGCACACGCAGCAGAUAUCCGGGCCACCUGGAUGGGCAUGUGGGCACUCGACUCGGAAGAUGUUGAUAUCGUCGCUGCGCUUGAUCACCUCCCGGAUUCAGGACAAGCACAAGGAAGCGUACCGCCCGGGACACGUCUCGCGCGCCUUAAGGCCCCGUCGCUCGUGUUGAAGCCCCAGCGUGAGGGAGGUGGGAAUAACGUCUACCGUGAAGCCAUUCCUGCGUUCCUAGAUGCUCUACCCGCUGAAGAGCGUGAAGCCUGGGUCGCAAUGGAGAUGAUCGAAACGCCACGCGGGGUAAGCGGUUACCUCGUACGCGCAUCUCCGUCGAGUUCGGGUACGGACAACGGGAGCAUAGAGAAGAAAGUCGUAUGCGUAGAGGUUAUCUCUGAGCUGGGUAUCUUUGGGUACGCAUUAUUUGGAGAGGGGGAGGUGGUGGAGAGGGAGGUAGGAUGGCUUGUGAGGACCAAGGGGACAGAGAGUAAUGAGGGCGGUGUUGCAGCUGGGUUUUCAGUGUUGGAUAGCGUGGUGCUUGUUUGAUGCAUGUUAUUUACAGGAUG